GCCUUUAACCUGAUUGGAACAACUAAUCGUGUGUGUCAUAAUGGAUUCUGCUGGUGAAAAAUGGAGCUGCCCCAUAUUCUCGUUUCUCCAAGAAACUUCGUCAGGUUUCUAUGACGAUAUUCCUGAAGAAACAUCUGAGCAAUUAAGAGAGUAUGAAGAAGACACCGAUAACUACUCUAAUAAAGACAUAGUAGAGGCCCUUAAGUCAUUUGACGAAGAUAUUGAACAAACUGAUGAGAAUCUUCAAGUAACAUUUGCUGUACCCGAGUCUUUUGUAUCAUACACCGCUCAUAAAACCAUUGAAAUCCCGGAAAGCAUGUCUGAAGCAGAUAAACAAGAAUUGAGAGAAAUGUUUGCCGCUGAGACUGAAGCAAUGUUUGCAAAACCCAAACUGAAACCCAAGAACUACUUUCCUGAACUCAUGACUGAGUCUGAUAAAGAGGAGUUUAGGCAGAUGCAUGCUGCUGAGGCAAAAGCUUUAAUGCCAUACCUUAAAAAGGAAUUUGGACCAGCAGAGCCUGAACAUGAAGAAAUCAAACAGAUCUUCCAAAAAUGCUUGAAAACGGAGGAAAACUUGUUAAAACUUUUAACCAUAAAUAGCCAAACUGUAGAACCUGAACAGGAGAAGCUUAUAGAAGUCGUGACAUCCUUUAAAGAUAACGAGAAGGGACCACUAGCAGUUACAAUGCUAUUUAAGCCUGCCAUUGAAAGUAUCCAGGAUAAACCUGAAACAGAAACUGCUGAGAGUUCAACUGAAAAUUACACGCUGAUUCAGAAUUCAAGUUUAAAGCAUGUGAAAAGGCGCUUUUCAACAUUUAAACCAGACGGAGAAGAGUCUUCCAGACCAUCUGAAGAUGCGCUACAUAUGACUCAGAAUGCUUCUGAGGUGGUUCUGAAUCCGAUGAGCUUUCUAGAAGACGAGGGACUUCACAAUAUGAAUUUCUCCCGCAGUGCUUUAUUGGGUAAUGAAGAGUAUUUGAUAUACAAUAGUAGGAAAUGGGCUCUUUUGUAUACAGUGGGUGUGAUGGUUCUUUUUAUUUUUGUUCUCUUGGGGUAUUUGGUUUAUAAGGAGUUUUUUGCUUAAGGGGUAAGUUUAAAGGAUAAUUUUUUGAUAGUUUUAUAUUUGAGAAAAAUUGAAAAUUUGAAGAACCAAAAGGUUUUUUGGGAACAGUUAGGGAUUUAAAAAAAAAUAUUAGUCGUGGCAUUCUGAUCCAAAAACUAAUUUUGAUUUUUUUUAAUGUUAGAUAAGGAUAAUAAUAUUUAAUUUAGGUUAAAAUUUGUAACUUUAAAGGGCUCUUACAUACAGCAGUGUAAUGGUCCUUUUUAUUUUUUUUUCUUCUGGGGUAUUUGGUUUAUGAGGAGUUCUUUGCCUAAGGGGUAGUUAUUUUUUUUUAUAAUCGUAUUUGUAUUUAUUUUGUGAUUUAAAAAAAUUAAAAUUUUGCUUUUUUGGUCACGCCUUACAGAUCUAAAUGUAAAAAAAAAAUCGUCAGUAAUUCUUAUCCAAAAACCAAUUUUUAUUUUGUUAUAUAUUAAAUAAUGUUAAUAUUAUUCAAUUUAGGUUAACGUCUGUACUAUUACGUAAUUUAACCACAUAUAUUUUUUUAG